AUGCAGUUCUGGUGGCAGACCAGAUACGCCUCGUGGGAGGAGACGAGCUUCCGGGUCUUUCGGCACUUCGUGAGGCCAGGGGCCGUAGUGCUGGACCUGGGUGGCUGGGUGGGCCCCACCGCCCUGUGGCUCGCCGCGGUGGCGCGCAAGGUGGUGGUUCUGGAGCCCGGGGACAAGGCAUUUGAUGAGCUGACGCUGAACGCUGCAGCCAAUCGUGACAGGAUUGGGCGCCUCUCCUUGGUGCACGCAGCGCUAGGGCCCAAGCGCGGCUUUGUUCAGAUGACCAACCGCGGCGACUCUGCAGAUCAGGUGGGCGUUUACGACGGCCAGGGCGGCAUACUUUCUGCCGUUUGGAGCGUCAAGGACCUGCUCUGGGCCUUUCCGGAGCUGGAGGAGGUGACGUUUGUGAAGAUCGAUGUGGAGGGCAGCGAGCGGGACAUCAUCCCGGCUAUGGCCGGCUUUCUGCGAGAGAAGCAGCCGGUGAUGCUGCUGUCCAUUCACCCCUGGGCACUGAUGGCCGACGAAUUGGAGGAUUUGGCGAGUCACCUGAAGGACCUUUGUCCCUUCUUGUACAGCUUCCACUUCAACAUGACGUGGUCGCUGACGGACUUCCGCAUCAUGGGCCCCACUGCUGCCAUCAUGCCCCAGGUGGCGGAUCCCGCCGACGACGUGCUGUGCAUGUGGCAAUCGGCUCCUGAGUUGAGCGCUUUGCCCAUUUGGAGCUAG